GUCAUACAGUACUGUUGCAAGUUUAUUGAGGAUCGAGUGCCUCAAUACUCACGACCUAUCUGCCUUGCUUAUGCCAAGUCCAUUUUCUCAUUUGAUAAUGGUAAAUACAGGCCAAUAUUCAGAGUGACAGUAAAUGACUGUUAUUGAUGAUGGAUUGGAAGGUUUUACAACUUCGCUGUAUAACGCCCUGAACCAUCGCAAGUACACAACUAAGAGAGUCCAGGGCAUUGCUCCUCAGAGGAAACGCCGCCGCUUGACAGUUCCAACAGAGACUGAGGAAUCUGUUGACGACGUCUCUUCCACUGAACCUCGGUCCUCAAAGAUGGAUGACUACGGAUGUGUGAUGUACAACCCUCCCCUUCCAUCCAGUGAGUCAACUACCACUCAAGAGGAGAAGCGCGUACUGCUUCUUACCCUUGAAUCUGAUGCUUCGAUCUCUGACUUAAUGAAGCGUACUUAUGCAACUCAGCGGGUGGAUGUGAUUAAUUGUAGACCAAUUUCAAAGCUACGAGACGUCCUUGUUAAGUGGCCACACUUGAAGCAUCCCAAGUUUAUGUUCCAGCAUGCAUCCACUUUGCUAGACAAAGAUGUUAUUAAUGUCUGGACCACUGAGCUUUCAAACAAAUCAAGUGACAUCUUUCAGUUCCUGAACACACUCUGCCUAAGUUUGGAUAGAAAGAGAAGUGUUCCGAGUCACAUUUCAGAUUUGUUGGCCACGAAAGCCUCUUGUGAUGCCUUAGAUGAUGGAGAGACAGUAGCAAGUGCUAUUUUCCCUCUGAUUAUGUGGCACCUACGGGAGAAAGCCUCUGCAUUUCUGCAAGUCAUCAAGGUUGGCGCCUCUGAUGAGGACGUUCUUGCAGCAGCAAAGGAUGCCAAUGGGAACCCUGUUGUUGUUCUAAGUGGUGAUUCAAUUUUUGAUCCAAAUGCCUGCGUAAGAGUUGUCCUUCUUAAAGAUGAAAUUAUUGUGGCUGAUAACCUCCUCGAGGGAAUUUUGUACGCUUUCUUAUCUUUUUUUGUUUUUGGAUUCUGUUAUACUCCUGAAGUCAGACACACAUUAGAAUUUAUACAAAGGAGCCUGUUGUUGAUAAACCCUGGCAAGGGAACUAAGAGCUCCAGCAAAACCCGUAACGCUGUCAGCCCAAAAGUUAGCAAGUUUUUAGAGGAACUUCGCAUUUUCUCCUCACCAUGGACUUUACAAUCGAGGCAACAGCAAGGAUGAAUGAAGACUUGAAGCUGGAGUUUUGUUUUUGUUCUAUUUGUGAAUUUACAUUUGAC